AUUCAAUCAACCCAUGGAAGAAGAUAUCCGGGACGAGAUUGCACGACUCGAAGCCAGUCUUGCCGCUGCAAAAUCCAAAUUAAAUUCCAUCCAAAUUAACGACCACAAUCAUGCCACCACCACCACCAUUACCACCAAUUCGACAACACCACCGGAGCUGAGCUUCGACCUUCCACCUCUAUCUUUGUCACUAUCUCCAGCGACGUCCGAACAUGCUCUGCUCUUAUUAUCCGAUUCCGCCCUGCCUUUGGGCUCUUUUGCAUUCUCCAGCGGAUUAGAAUCUUAUUUAGCUCAUCAUCGAUCUGAUUUAGUUCCAGGACAGCGCAUUUCUAAACUCGCCCAUUUCGACCGCUUCCUCGACCUGUCCCUGCACUCUGUCGCCCAGGCUACACUGCCCUAUCUGUUAUCCGGAUACCGCGACCCCACGAGCCUUGUGACGCUGGAUAAUAAUCUCGAUGCGAGCACGCCGUGUACAGUUGCGCGAAGAGCAAGCAUCGCACAGGGCAGAGCACUGCUGGGUGUGUGGGAUAAGGCAUUCAAGAGCAAUGUCGUGGUGGCAGGCGGAACCGGUGAAACCGGUGGAGCCCUUGAGACCGAUGGAUCCGGUGGAACCCUUGAGACUGAUGGACAUGCUGAAGCCACGCGGAUAAAACCCGAUAAAAGGAAAUCCAGACUAGUCUUAAUCCUAGAGACGUUUCACAAACAAGUCAAAUCUGGCGGAAUGGGCGUCGGUUCUGUCGGUGGUUCCUCUACACAGCGUGACACCAACACCAACACCAACAAUAAAAACCGCGGUCAAAAUGAUGGACAAGAAGAAGACGAUGAAGAAGAAGAAGAAGAGGUCUUUUACCCCAGCGGACACUUUGCGCCGGUAUUUGGAGCAGUCAGUCUCGCCAUGGGCCUGAGCGCGUACCAAGCCGCAUAUGUCUAUCUGUUUGGCCAUGUACGGGCUGUAAUCAGUGCAGCGGUUCGUGCGGGCGUCAUGGGGCCCUACCAGGCACAAACAAUGCUAGCGAGUCAAGCUGUGCAAAAGAACCUACAAGUGCACUUGCGUGAGGCGUGGGACUGCCAUGUUGAUGAUACGGGACAGGUCAUUCCCGCCAUGGACUUGUGGGUAGGGAGACAUGAGUUGCUGUAUUCUAGGAUAUUCAAUUCAUGAAAAUUUCCAAGAGCUCUGGGGGAUUUGCCGAAAGGACAACCUGUGAUAGACAUGAUGGGUUGGAGUUGAGAGUGAAUGCAGUCACAGAUAUAACAUGGGAU